ACGAUUGGAUCCACCGACUCGCUUGUCUCAAUUCCGCCGACUCGCACUUUGUCGACAUUUUCAGUCGCAAGGGCUCGCCUGUGCCGUGGGCUCUCUGUUUAGAGGGGAAGAGAGCACGAUGGCGGGGGAGGGAGCGAAAGUUGCCAGGCCUUCGGAAGAGAAGGGGAGAGAAAGGGAAGGCGAGCUGUCGGAAGAGCAGGAGGAGGGCGAGAUCGCGAGGGACGGCUCGGCGGAACCGCCGGUGUCUUGCCGGGAUGCCCGCCCCCACCCCCUGGAGCACUCCUGGACCUUCUGGUUCGACAACCCCUCUGCCAAAUCCAAGCAGGCCGCCUGGGGCAGCUCCAUCCGACCCGUCCACACCUUCGCAACCGUCGAAGACUUCUGGAGCCUCUACAAUAAUAUUCGUCAACCAAGCAAGUUGGUUGUGGGAGCAGAUUUUCAUUGCUUUAAAUACAAAAUUGAGCCUAAAUGGGAAGAUCCAGUGUGCGCUAAUGGAGGGAAAUGGACCAUUAGCUGUUCUAGAGGGAAAUCAGAUACAUUUUGGUUGCAUACUUUAUUGGCAAUGAUAGGUGAGCAAUUUGACUAUGGAGAUGAAAUUUGUGGAGCAGUUGUUAGUGUCCGUGGGAAGCAGGAAAAAAUAGCUUUGUGGACAAAAAAUGCUGCCGAUGAAACUGCUCAGCUAAGCAUUGGGAGACAGUGGAAGGAGUUCUUGGAUUGCAAAGACACAAUUGGGUUCAUGUUUCAUGACGAUGCAAAGAAGCUUGAUAAAGCUGCUAAGAAUCGGUACACAGUCUGAGCUCUAUCUUAUGGAACCGGUAUGGCACCGAUCAAACACAUCAAACAUUUCCGAGUGCAGUGACUCCUAGCAUCCUAUAAUGUUUGAGUUCAUUUGCUUUCUACAAACUGUGUUACCUCUCAUUGAAAAAAUUCUCGUUCUUGGGGGAUUUUGCCUGAAAGUAUGUCUCCCAAAAAACAUGUAUGUAUGCGGUACUUCAUCUUUGAUAUGACUGUUCAUUGUCUUGUAUUAUUUUGUACAUAGGGAAUGUGAAGUUGUGGUUUGUUAUGGUCAUUCGAAAUAAGCAGUUGAUACUUGCAUAAACAGGUUUAAAUGGAUGA